AUGGCUGGAAAAGAUAACAAUAGCUCUCGAGGUCCUCCCUCGACUGGUCUACCGGACGUGGAAAAGCUUCCUGAUGGAAUGCAAAGAAUUGUAGACAAAGCAGAUAAGGAGGAUAACUUCUACGAUGAGCUUUAUGAUGGAUAUGCUCCUCAGACCACCGAAAGCAAUAUUAGAUAUGCGGCAUAUGCUACUCGCAUACGAACAGCUCUAUUAUCUGCGCAACGGUACGUAGCUUAUACAUCAGAUAUCGGGGAGUCUUUUCGACCGGUAGCUCAUCCAAACUGGGUUCGAGCAGCUUAUGGCGUUUCGUGGGCCUAUCUUAUUGGCGAUGUCACACAUGAGGGAUACAAGGCAUAUUGUAGGAAUCAGGAGGUUUUGCAUCCGGAACUCCCGAGAGAAGCAAUGCACGAUCGAUACAAUGAUGCAAAGACGGAUCUUAAGAUAGCCGCCAAUGAGAACGGAGUGUCACUGAAACCUCGUCAAGUGGCGCCACUGGAUGAUUAUAGGACAGUAAUGGCACAGCGUGCCCUAUUUCAAGGAAUCGCUUCGAUGGGUUUACCCGCUUUUACCAUUCAUUCUAUUGUGCGGUAUUCCGGUAAAUAUAUGAAGAAUGUCAAGAAUGUAAAGGUUAGAACAUGGGGCCCCAUAGGUCUGGGACUGGCUGCUGUACCCGCUUUACCUUUCUUGUUUGACAAGCCGGUCGAGGAAGCAGUUGAAUUUGUAUUCCAUAAAGGCUUCGAGACCUUCGGCGGUAAACCUGCCGUAGGUAACGCACCUGUCACGGGUCGGGAACAUUUGUUAGAACGACCCGAGAAGUCGAAGAAAGAAAAAGAAUUGUGA